AACUCGUGGAAAACAAAUUGGAUUAUAAUUUUGUAAGGAAGUUUAAUUAAAAUACACCAUUCAAGUCAAAUCAUUUUUUAUAAAAUUAGAGUUCUAACAUUGAUUUUCCAAAUUAACGCCACUUUGCUAUCUUUUCUUUUGCUCUCUUGUUUCUUUCUUCCUCAUUUCAUUUUUGCCUUCCGUCUCAGAAUUCACUCACAAUAAUUGAAAUGCAGUAUGAAUUUGUUUUCCAAUAAUUCAAAUGCAGCUUUACUAUUAUUCCCCAUAAAGAGGCUGCACCAAAUUAUCUUGCUUCAUUGGUUUUGCUGGAGAAAUCGAAGUUUGGCUGGGUGUCUAUUUUCUCUAGUUAUGUGUGUAACUGGUGUACGUUUUGUUCAAUGCAUUAGUCAAUAUAGGUGUUGCAAGAAGACAUGAUGGGAAGUUUUGCCGUUCUAACACGGAUUAUGUCCUGCCCAUUUCCGCUAUUGAGAAAAAACUACAAGCUCUGUAACUCACUGGCAGUCCUCUAACGAUAGAAGGAAGUUCACAAUCUAACGCCACCAUAAUAUUUAUUUGGAAGUAUUCUUAUGACUCUAGUUUGUUGAAGUUAUUGAAUUUGAUUUGCUAUUGUAGCCAUGGAUGCGGAAGAUUCUGGCUUGAAUUGAAUCAUCAAUUUUAACUUUUUUUUUUAGAGAUUUAGUUUAUCUGGUAUGGUUGUUGGAUUUUAGGAUAGUGAGGGUGUCUUGAAUUUGGUGUAUAUUUAUGGGUUUUGAAGGGUUUUUCUUUAUGAUUUCAUUUGUUGAAAGGUAUCAAGUUUUCUUAUUGGAGGCUUUCAAGAUUGACAUCAGGAAGGCCUAAAUUAGCUGCAUGGAUUGAGGUAGGUUCAAUUUCCAUAUUCUAAUAGUAUCAGUAGCUCACCGUUGAUAACAAAUUAUGAGAAAAAUAAAAAUUAUGUCAAAUUCUAGAAUAUUUUUAAUGUUUUUUCAUCUUGAAUUGUGCUCGAGGUACAUCUUAAAAAUUGAAAUUUAAAAUCCAAUUUAAAAAAGGAUUACAUUUUUAAAUUGUUGCUAGAUUAAAUCUUUCAUCUCAAUUUUUCUUUUAAAAUCACCCUUCCAACCCAAAAUUAAAUUAUUGUUAGGAAGUUUGUAAUACAUUCAUCCUUUUAAGUUUUAUAAAUUUUAAUUAUUAAUACGUGAGGUAGACUUAACGAUUUUAAAUUCAUACAAAAUAUAUUUAAACAAAAAAAUUUGGACAACACAAUUCAAAUUCGGAUUUGGGUACAAUAUUCUAGUUGAAUUAUGGGUUAAUAAUUUGAAAUUUUGAAAAUUUAAGAAGGAUGAAAAAGUUAUUAUAUGAUAGAAGUGGAAUUGAUUUUUAACUACACAAUUAUAUUUUAUUUAAAUAAAUGAACUUGAAAUUACUUUACGUUGUUUUUUAGAUGAUAUAUCUUAAAAAACGAUAAACAUAAUUAUAAUAAAUGUAAAAUAAUUAAUUAUUUAUCAUUAUCAUUAUUCUUUAUCUUUUUAUCUUUUUUACAGAUUCUUUAUCUUUUAGUUAAAUAGUAUAAUCAGAUAUUUUAUUUUCCAUUUCUCUUAAGGAAAUUUAAAUUCAGCCAUUACCUUAUGAGUGAAGGAAUCCUAUAGUUAUUAGGAUUUUCCAAUUAGUUUCUAUAAAUACAACACUUCAUAUACAAAACCCCCCCCACAGGCCACAGCUUUCUAAGAACAAAGCUUCCAAAAUUAAAAUCAAACAAACAACGUUAACAAAUGGGUGGAAGAAAUCAAACCCGAUCGACAAGAGAAAAGCCUUUGAUUCGACAAGUUUGGGCUUCGAAUUUCGAUUCAGAAAUUGCCCGAUUUGAUGAAUGUCUGCGAUUCCACACCAUUCUUACCAUCGACACUGAAUUCCCUGGCUUUAUUGCACAAUCUCCACGGGGUUCCAUUGAUGAUGAGCUUUACAAAGACUUCUGUUUCAAUGUAAACCAAACUAAGCUCAUUCAACUAGGUAUCACAGCUUCAGAUGAUUUGGGUCAAAUUGGCGGUUCAUGGGAGUUUAAUUUCUCCGAUUUUGACUUCGAAGCUGACGCUCAUUCUCCAUAUGCCAUUCCGUUUUUAGAACAUAAUGGGUUGGAUUUAAAAAAAAUGAAGAAAGAUGGAAUACCCAUUGCUUCAUUCACUAAAAAAUUCCUACCUAUCCUUCGAAAACGUGACAUCUUUCGAUGGGUUACCUUCCAUGGCCUCUACGACAUAGGUUAUCUAAUCAAAGCGAUGGGGUUAAUCACAGUGUUGCCGAAAUCAAUGGAGGAAUUCGCAACGGUGGUGGUUAACGAAGUUGGAAUUGUGAGGGAUUUGAAGCAUAUGGCUAAAUUUUGUGAAGGACUAGAUGAUCAUGGAAGACUUGGACUUGAAAGAUUAGGAAAAUUAUUGAAUCUAAAACGAUUUGGAAUGAAACACAAUGCUGGAUCAGAUAGCUUGCUUACCGCAUCCGCACAUCUUGAGAUGGUGGAAAGAUUCGGCAUGAAUUCUAAAGUUUGUAAUGGCUUUUUGUAUGGUUUUUCAGAAACGCUGGAAUCCAUGAAGAUGAAGAUGAAGAUGAAGAUUUGUCAUCACAACAUUCUUAGAUUUAGUCUUUAUAUACCUUGUUAUUUUGUUUUUUAUAUGUCCACUUAAUUUGGUGGGUUAAUUAGUAGACUUCCACUCUUUUGUUUGUUUAAUUAAUUUCCCACCAAUGUAUUGAAUCACUUGGACAUAUAAAAAUAUAGACAUUAGUGAUUAAUGGAAGGAAUGGGUUGUUGGGAAGUAUAGGAUAUAUAUUUAAUCAAUCCUAUUAAUUAUGGAAACAAAAACAUACCACGUAAUUAAUUAAGUGAAGCUCAAGAAGAGACAUCAAUUCAUGAUCCAA